UUUCAUCACUGAACCAUUUGUUCACCAAGGUCAUCCUCAUCCCUUGUUUUUAGCUUUACCAGAUGCAAAGACAUGCGGGGCAUGUGGCAUCAGUCAGUAUAAGAGCAUGAUUAAUCCAUGCUCUUAAUUCGAGGUUUUUAACUCAUGAUUUGAUAUUUUUUUUAACAUUUUUUGGGUAAGAGUCAACUCUUACAUAUUUUAUUUAAGAGACGGUUCUUAAUUUUUCUUAGUUAAAAGCUAAAAAACGAUUCUUAGCCGAAAUUAAAAACUCCACUCUAAAAAUCCAAGUUAAUCAUGGCCUAAGAGCAUGAUUAAUGAAGGUUCUUAGGGAUAGGAUUCUUAGCGUAAUUUAAGAACCGGUUUUUAACUUUUUCGUUUGUUAAAGUUAAUAACCGAUUUUUAAAUUACGCUAAGAACUUCAUCUUUAAAAACCCCUAUUAAUCAUGGUAAGCAUUGGAGUUCAUUGAAUGUGAAUUUGCUUUAUGUUUUGAGUGCGCUACUUUGCCAUAUGUGGUUAGAAACCAAAAGCAUGAUAGACAUCCUAUAACCUUAUGCUUUGGUGAAAAGGCGAGUCCUGGUCAAUGUUGAUAACUGUAUAACCUAUACUUAUAUAUGCAGAUUCUCAGUCCUGGUUAAUUAUAUUUUCUUUCAAGAUAACAGAAGACGCCACCACUGUGUCUCUCAAAAAAAAUAUGACCUUUACAUCUUAGCAUCUAACACCAACAAUGCUAGCCAAAAGAUACUCCAAUGUCUAAAGACAUACAGCCACAACUCCAACCACCAGUCAUGGUCAAUCAUAUAUAAAUAAAUAUUUAUUUUUUAUAUUUUGUUUUAAAAGUUUAGAUUUUAUUUCGGAUCGUAUGUAUCUGAACUGAACCGAUAAAACCCGAUUCUCAACGAUAUAUAAUCAAUUUAUGAGUUUUAAGAUAUGAUACAAACUAAGAAUCUAUAAUUUUGUUCAUAAAUCAAAAACAAAUUUCCAUGGAUGGUGAAUUAGCCUAGGAAGCUUAUUUGGUUUCUAGAAUCUUGAAAAAUUAUAUAAAUGAUUAAUCUAAUAACUUUAAAUUGGAAAUCAAUAUACAAAUACAAAAUAAAAUAAAAUGAUUUGAGACAAAAUGAUUUUUUUAAAAAAGAAACUGUGAUCCAAUAAAACCCGCUCUAGGUAUUUCAGAAUCAGAAUAGAAUCUAAUUUCAGAUUUCGUUAUUUUUCAAAAUUGUUUUUUGGAAGGUCACCAAAUUUAUUUUUUUGUUUCUGGUCAAAUUAUGUUUUCAUAAUUUUCUAAUCACGACUCCGGUUUAAUGUUUCAGUCGUUUUUCCCUUAAAAACAAAUUGACAACAUGUUUCAAUUUUCAACCGAUUUUCAUAAUUAAAAAGAAUUUAUUCAUUAUUACAAUAUUACAAUAUUUAUUCAUCUUCCCGACAAGAUAGGUUGUUUUUUUCUUUUUGUAAAAGUUAUCUGGUCAUUGUUUAUUCUACGUUUCUUAUUCUACUACAUAAACAACUACACAUUCGUCUUUUGAUCUCUGUUUUCGCACCCCUGGAGAUUUUCUUGAUACUGUAUGCUGCAUGAAGAUGCUCAAGGACCCUGAACACCAAGUUGCUGGUCACAUGGCUAAAGAUGGGAGGCUUGGUCCGCUCGUGGAUGGAGAAGGCCGAUUCUUCAAGCCAUUUCAGAGUAAUGGUCGUGGGGAAAACGAGGCUAAGUUCUACGAGUCCUUCUCGUCCAACAAGAAUGUUCCGGAUCAUAUCCGUGGAUAUUUCCCCGUGUAUCACGGCACUCAAGUAGUGGAAGCAUCUAAUGGAUCUGGCAAGCUUCCACACAUAGUUCUUGACGAUGUUGUUUAUGGUUACUCAAAUCCCUCGGGAAUGGAUGUUAAGAUUGGAUCUAGGACAUGGUACCCGGGUGUAUCCGAACUGUAUUUCAACCAAUGCCUAAAGAACGAUAGAGAGACCACCUCUGUUUCCUUGGGGUUUAGGCAUGCUGGUUUUAAGAUCUUUGACCACCAAGAAUCGAGGUUUUGGAUAGUCGAGUACAAGGUUGUUCAUGGGUACAAAGUUGACGACGCUAGAUUAGUUCUAAGGAAGUUUGUGUCAUCCAACUCGCUAGCUGACUCGAUACCAGACUGUGCAUUUGCGUCAGAAGUUUACGGCGGUUGUAAUGGGAUCUUAGCGCAGUUAUUAGAGCUUAAAGCUUGGUUUGAAACUCAAACGCUAUACCAUUUCAGUUCUUGCUCGGUUUAUAUGUUUUAUGAGAAUGAAUCGAUUUUGAUGAAAGGAGGAGAAGGUGCGCGGGCACAAGUAAAGCUGGUGGAUUUUACGCAUGUUCUUGAUGGAAAUGGUGUCGUCGACCAUAAUUUCGUGGGUGGACUCUCCUCUUUCAUCAAGUUCAUCCAAGAUAUACUUGAGAGCUAGACAACAGCGAUAAAACAGAUACUUCUAGGCCUAAAUAUAGGCACUAGGGAUCAUUCAUGUUUCCCCUUCAAUUGUAUAAUACUUUUGGUAUACGAACCAAACCAUUGUACUGUACUUCUCACUUGAGGAUUAACCAAAUCUCCAUGAAACUUAGCUAAGCCUAUAGCUUAUUUGGUUUCCUGUUAUAGCAAAUGGUUUCCUGUUAUAGCAAA